AUGGGUGACUGGUCCAUUCUUGGGCGUUUUCUGUCCGAGGUCCAGAAUCAUUCUACUGUGAUAGGCAAGAUUUGGCUCACCAUGCUGCUCAUUUUCCGGAUCUUGUUGGUGGCCUUGGUGGGAGAUGCAGUCUACAAUGAUGAGCAGUCCAAGUUCACCUGCAAUACCCAGCAGCCCGGAUGCAACAACGUCUGUUACGACACAUUUGCACCUGUUUCCCACCUGAGGUUUUGGGUUUUUCAAAUUGUGCUGGUCUCUACACCAUCCAUAUUCUACAUCGUGUUUGUUUUGCAUAAAAUUGCCAAGGAUGAGAAGCUCGACGGUCAGCGGGCACAGGUGUUGAGGCAAAGUCCUUCAAGGCAAGGCAUGGGGCAAAAAGAUGGCAAGGAGAAGAUGAGGGUUGGUGUACCUACCUACUGUCCUCAUUUCAGGGAAGAUUGGGACGAGACAGAAAGAACACAACACAGCUUUCUGGAGGAGGGCCACGGUGCAUUAGCAGAAGACCCUACAAAGCAAUCCAAACAGGUUCUGCUCAUCUACAUCCUUCAUGUAUUUCUUAGAUCCAUCAUGGAGAUCACCUUCCUAGUGGGCCAGUAUUUGUUAUUUGGGUUUGAGGUGCCCCACCUCUACCGUUGUGAGACCUAUCCUUGCCCAACUCGCACAGACUGUUUUGUGUCUCGCGCCACUGAGAAAACCAUCUUCCUGAACUUUAUGUUUAGCAUCAGCCUGGGCUGCUUUGUGCUCAACAUAGCAGAGCUUCACUACCUGGGCUGGGUCUAUAUUUUCCGUGUCCUCUGUUCAACAUGCUCCAACUGUUGUGGUCAAGAGAAGGUUCCAGAUAAAAUGUACUCCAAGCAAAACCCACUGUUGCUUCAACUCAGGCAUUCUCUGAGAGGUCAGCUGGUUCUGCAGACCCGAUCCGCCAUGGCUCAAGAGAAGACAGGAGGUCUUCUUACACAUGCUCCAGCUAUAUCAUUUGAGACAGACUCAACUGUGGAAUGCACCUCUAAGAGGAGUCCUGAGAACAUGGACAAGGUGAAGGUCAAGUUGGCCAACAUGGCCAGGUUGGGACGAACUAAGAAGUCUUGGCUGUGACACUGUGUUUUGUGGUCAUGCUACUGUACACUUAAAAUGUUAUGUCUUGUUUUUUUUUUUUUUUUGCAUGUAUGAUAUUCUUUCAAAGUUUAAGCUUAGUUUUACAUUUAGAGCUGGCUUUGUAUCAUAUUUGAUGAAUUGAUUCACAAACUGUAGUGUUGCACUUAUAAUCACACUAUUCAAGACAAAGACUUGCUCAAGACUAGAACUCACUAGACCAAGACAAGACCAGUACCAUUAAAAAAUUAUAAAUACAGGUAGUCCCCGGGCAUACCCGACUUACGUGAUUUUGAUUUUACGACGCUGGAGUAUCAUCCGCCAUUUUGU